AUGGGCUUCAUGGAUGAGAUUCACUGCAAGCAUAAGGCACAAACUGCACGAGUCAAUGUUCCAGCAACUCCACGGGCUUUUUCCGUCUCCGGCACCCCAGCAACUGGACGCCAGCACCGGGGCACACCCCUCACUGGCAGGCCACUCCGUGGAACACCAUCUACACAUGUCAUCCCUGCGGUGGCCUUUGCGAGCCCCGUGGUUGGGACACCUUCAAUACACUCUAUGCGGCUGCGCAAGCGCACGAGAGAAGCAGAACUUGCCGAGCCGUGGACACCACGGUCAAAGCGAGCCCAUCUUGAUUAUGCUCAGACCCUCGCAAGCGACCUUGACUUGACAGAUGAGGCACGCAAUGAGGUCAUGGUUGCCAGUGCGUUGUCCACGCAUAACCUCACCCUGAAGUUGUAUGCGUACCUGGUUCGUGACAGGGUUAUGGGGUUGGCUGAGCGCGGCCAAGCCUUCCUCAAGUCCCGCGAAUAUAAGGCAAUUGACCACAUUGUUGCUAACUUGUUUGGCUAUCUCAUGGAUGGCGAUGUUUCGGGCUAUAAGGAGGGGCUCCUUCCUCGCUGUUUGCACCACAUCCGCCUUCAUCCCCGCCGAUACCACAUCCCUGUCGACAUUGAGGACUUCAUCACAACCUCUGACUUUGCCAAGGCUAUCAGCCGGACCCUCGGGUCCAUUCGGUCUGAAAUGAAGCGAAAACUCUUCAAGACAUGGCGCGAGAAGAAAGGGGUAUAUGACGUCGUUCGGAUGCUUCUCGGCAAGUCGUCCAAUGUCCAAGUCACUGAAGCCAUGUGGGGUCGAGUUGCUUGGCUGCAACUCAACCUCAUGGACUAUCAGGAGCUCGUCAAGAAUGGUGAGAAGGAGCAGAAGCUUUUCUGGGACUGGACCGACGGCUUGCUGGUCGAGGUUCGAAAUGAUCACAGCCACCUCAUCGGGCGUGCCAAGGCCAAAGCUAUCAGUUCCUUUUUCGAAAUGACCCUCAAGGAACACAUACGACUGCGUCCAACGAGGCGGCGGCCCACCCUUGCAGCUCUCCCUGCAUGGCAGCGACAGCUUCGGGAAGCUAUCCGGGAGAUGGAGAACUACACGGAUGAAGAUGUGGCUGAUUUACAGCGCAACUUCGAGACCGUCGACCUCGAGGAUGUCGACAGUGAUCAAGAAGAUGAGCCCGAGGCUGAGCAUGAGGUCCAGCCUGCUACUAUCGGUGAUGCUCAUGAUGACGCAUAA